CGGAAGAAGAAGUUGAAGUCAUGAGAAACAUGGCGGUCCACAGACGGCUGUCCUUGCUGUUCCCUAAAAAUCUGCCUCCGUUUAGAAAUCAAAAGCUUGUCCACACCGAGGCCGCCGCCAAGGAGCCCGCGUAUCCCCCCAUCGCCCCCUCUCUCACGGCUAAAAGCACAUCUGCCCGGCGGCGUCAGGUUGAGGAACAGGUACAAAAGAUAUGUGCCUCUCCCGUGGAGGAGAAGCUCUCCCUCAUCACUCGCAUCCAGCGGAAGAAAUUUGUGAUUUACCCUCAGACUUUCGCACGGAACGCAGACAGAUGGUACCAGCACUUCACCAAGACAGCAUAUAUUCCGGGCCUGCCCGAGAAAUUCACCCCGGGGGAGGAGAGGUCGCCGCCAGGGGCUGCAGAAAUCACGCUACCAGGGAUUGAAAAUGAUGCAUUCGCGGACAUCCGCUCCUUGGUCAGUCGUGUGAUUUUACAGGAGCACUUUCACAUUAAGAAACGCAAACCUUUCCUGUCCAGAGAACAGGAGCAGAUGGUUGGACCUUUUCUGAGAAACCUGGUGACUGGACUCACUUACAGUGUGGCCAAGUACAAUCCACUGCUCCGCCUCUCCAGCCUGGAUAUUAAUCCACAGGUAAACUUUUAUUGGAGGAGAGGCCAGAGAAUCAUCCCCAAGGGGCACCGGAGAGGCCGGCUCGAGCCAACCAGGUUCCAGAUUGAUGACGUCCCGCACAGUCAAAUUAGGAUUACUCAACAACUGCCACAGUUUACCCCGCUGGAGGCUUCCUACACAGCUGAAGUUCCAGAGGUCAAAUAUGCUCCCAACCUGAUGCCUCUGUUCAGAAGACAGUAUGAUAACAACAUCUUUACAGGUGCCAAGCUACCAGACCCAGCGUGCUACGGUCACACUCAGUUCCACCUGGUGCCCGAUCGGUACCACAGAGACCGGAUGGCUCGACGGCAGCAGUCCGAUCAGGUGGAGGUCUUCCUCAGAGCCAAUGGACUCGCCAGCCUCUUCGCCUGGACAGGAGCUCAGGCCAUGUACCAGGGUUUCUGGAACCACGAGGAUGUCACCAGGCCUUUUGCGUCACAGGCUGUGAUCACAGACGGACAGUUCUUCUCCUUCUUCUGCUACCAGCUCAACACUGUGGCCCUCUCUGUGGAGACGGACGCCAACAACCCCAGGAAAAACCUUCUGUGGGGCACUGAGAGCCUGCAACUGUACGAGAGUGUGCAGGAUGGAGCGGUGGUGGGUCUGAACAACAGUGUCAUCAGGCUCCUGGUUCAAUUCCUCAUGAACCAGCCGUAGAGUUCUUGUGGUUCCUGUCUUGUUUUAAGGGGAGAUUACCUCGAGUCUGUGUUCUCCGAGGCUUUGAAAGAUGCAAGAGAAGGAGCUUUGUAAGAGCCCAGCAUGGCAGACCAGAGGAAGUUUUGUCAGAUUGUAUAAAAUGUAAUGUUUAAAAAAGCAGAAAAAUCUGGAACAAAGUACUCAAUAAAUACUACACGCACAUCCCUGAC